AUGAAUAAUAAGGAAGAAAUAGUGCUUGGAUAUUUAGAAUAAGUAGAUGAUAUUCUAAAUACAGAUGAUGAAUUACCUUCCUAUGCAAAUGGAUUACCUGUAACAAAUAUUAAUUAUAAUUUAGUAUUUCUUAGAGAAUGAAGAUAAAUUUGAAUCAAUAAAAUGUUCUUAAUGUGGAAAUCAAAUGAAAAUGUUGCUUUAAGUAUUUAUCUAAUCUUACUCUUAAGAUAUAUGCUCCUUUGAAUAACAAGCAUGCCUUAUAUAGAGAGAUCUAUGUUUUUAUUUGCAUAAAUGAAUAAUGUUCUAAACAUAAUAGCAGUAUUAGAGUUUUUAGAAUGCAAUCAUAAUAAAAACCUUAAAUAUUUUAAUCAAAAAAUAAAGACUAUAUUCUUUCUCCAUAAAAUAAAUCAUUUAUAAUUGAUACAGAAAUUAUAAGUGCUAAGGAGAAUACUAAUGAAUAUUAAGUGGCAGAAGAAUUAUUACCUACUAAUUUUGAUGAUGAAGACAAAGAGGUAGAUUUGAAGAAUGUGAAAUUUGAUAAUGAAAAUAAAAUCUAUGAGAAUUAUUUAAAGAGUACAGAAGAGAAAGAGGAUAUUGAUGAUCUAGAAGGAUUAGAAAAAGAUUAAUAAAAUAAUAUUGAUGGUUUUUUUCUGAUUUAUUAACAGUAUUUAUAUAUAAAUAAUUAGUUUUCUGACUUAAUAUUAGAAUCAUGUUGUUAGAUAUUGUUUUGAUUCUUAAAGUAAACCACUCUGGUUUAGUGAUAAAAAAUAACCAUAAAUAGAAUCCAAAUGUUCUUAUUGCAAAAAGAAUAAGAUAUUCGAAUUCUAAAUUAAUAAUUCUAUACUUACUUAUUUUCCUGAAUUAUACAAUUUAGAAUGGGGAGCAUUAUAUAUUUAUAGUUGUCCAUCAAGUUGUUAAGUUGGUGGUUAGAUACUAAUUGAAGAAACAGUAUAUGCUCAUUCAGAUGAAUAAGAAUUUAUUAGUCCAAACCUAAAAGUAGAUCCAAAUAUCAAAUUAGUAACAAUCAAAUAGGAUACAAAUAAAUAAAAUAAAUAGAAGCAAUAAAUAUAAUAAUAAUAAUAAAUCUAGUAAAAGAUAGAUGAGAAAGAUGAAGAAGAUGAUUGGUGA